AUGCUUCUUCCUCUUCCCCGUCCCAAACCCGACCUCUUCCUCCCCGUCCUCGCUUUCUUCACUGUCUUUGCUGUCCUCACCGCCGCCACCACCGCAUCCUCGCCGCGUACCUGCGCUCCAUGGGCAUCGACCUUCACCAUCGCCUUUGUCUCGGGCAUUCCGGCCACGACCAGCACGGGUGCAGGUGAUGCCAUCGAGGUUAUCGAUGACGCAGCCAGUGCCGUCAACACCGGCAUGAUGUACUACGACUAUCCGACUAGGGCGGUGCGGAUCGACCACGGGCCGGGCGCCCACGAGUGCAUCCGCUUCUACAACACCUCGGCAGCAUGCACAGAGUACUUUCUCCCACGCGGCAUGGUCAUCGAUCUCCCACACCAGCGCUCGUGCUGCCUCUCCGUCCCCGGCGUCGGCCCAAACCCGCCCGACUGGACAGCAGUCCUCGACUACGUCGGCUCAGCCACCAUCGAUGGCGUCGCCGCUGAUCAAUGGCUCUACGGUAGGCACGGAUACUGGAACGAGGUGGCUCCGGCAGGCAACCCGGCCAUCCCGCUCCGCUUCUCCUUCCCCAACGCCACCCAGGACUACUGGUUUUCGCCCCACUCGUACUCGACCAAGCCCAUCCCUGCCUCCGUCUUUACUCUUCCGCCGUACUGCACCCUCGAUCCAUCUUCGCAUCCUUUCCUCUCAUGA